CUUUGUAUCUUGCAGAAAGCUGUGGAGAACUGCUAAAGAUUCCAAACGGGUUUGUGAACUACGAGUCGAUGGACAAGGGGAGCUCCGCCUCCUAUCGCUGCCACCCAGGCUACAAUCUGAUUGGCCGUCCCACACGGAACUGCAGUGAACGAGGGUGGCAGGGAGAGUUGCCGGAGUGUCGCCCUAAAUCUUGUGGAAGUCCUGGCGACAUUUUAAAUGGAUGGGCCAACGUGUCAAGCAAUGUGUUUGGUGGCAAGGUGACCUUUCACUGUAAUACGGGGUACUUGAUGGUGGGCAGGGCGCUCCGUCUGUGUGAAGCGCAGGGUUGGUCAGGCCAAGUGCCAAACUGUAAUGCUGUGAAGUGUGUUGCACCUCCAGCGAUCGACAGUGGGAGCGUGUCUGACCUGUUUGAAGGAGACUUCUGGGAAUACGGAAUGGUGGCCGCAUACUCCUGCCAUUCUCCCUACACCUUGAUCGGGGAAAAGGAGAUUGCCUGUUCAGCCUCCGGAAACUGGAGCCACCCUCCACCCAUGUGCAAAGGUAAUGAGAACCCCUUGCAACCCUCCUCUCCACCAGCCCACCUCAUCUGUCACCCAUUCCUUCUCUCCACAGAUGCUGCCUGACCCGCUGAGUUACUCCAGCACUCUGUGAAA